CACAGUACUACUAGUAGUACUAGGUACUCUCUUACAGUUUUAGAAGAAUGCGCAAACAGUGUUUAGCUUUGUACUAAGGCAGUAAGUAAUUUAAUACUUUCAAGUUGCAACGUUGAAGCUUCACUCAGUGCUACCUACUACUAUUGUCAUCUUGGACAUACGAAUUAUAUACCUACGAUUAGCUAUCUACGAUACAUGAUUCCCUACACAACCAUCACACCAUACCUACACUACGCCGCACUACACCUACGAUGAACUCAGAACAAGAGGUUCUAUCCGGACCACCAGCCCCAGAGCUUCUAGCUGACCGCAUUUGGGUUGAUGGCUGUUGGGACUUCUUCCAUCAUGGCCACGCCGGUGCUAUGUUACAAGCUCGCCAACUGGGGACCGAGCUCUACGUCGGCGUACAUUCUGAUGAGGCGAUCCUGGAGAAUAAAGGGCCGACGGUUAUGAAUCUACGGGAACGACUCGCUGCUGUAGAUGCCUGUCGUUGGGUCACUAGAUCCGUAGCACAUGCGCCUUAUGUCACCCGGCUAGACUUCAUAAGUCAUUUCGGUUGCAAAUACGUGGUUCAUGGAGAUGAUAUCACCUCUGACAGCAGCGGUGAGGACUGCUACCGCUUCGUGAAAGCAGCAGGUCGAUUCAAGGUUGUCAAGCGUACGCCUAGUAUAUCCACCACCGAUCUAGUCGGGCGCAUGCUACUGUGCACCAGGACGCAUUUUAUCAAAUCCUUGGAAAGGAUGUUGGCCGGCGAAGAAGGUAGCGGCACCCCAGCCGAGAGGAAAUCGGAGGGUCAGGCGAUGUUAAAUCGCAUUCAACAAUAUGCAACCAACGAAACAGGAAAACAACCGGGCGCGGAUGUCUACUUUUGGUCAGCUUCACAAGUUUCCAAAACGGAGGAAACGGGGAGUCCGGAAGAAAAAGGUUCAUACCGCUCCUUACUCAAAGGGCCAGGACCGAAGCCAGGUCAAAGAGUGGUCUACGUUGAUGGAGGGUUUGACCUUUUUUCCAGCGGACAUAUCGAAUUUCUCCGUCAAGUCAUAUUGACCGAAGAGGCCCUAGCAAAAAAGGAAGGUUGGUACGACCAACAGGCCAUCGACGAGCGCCGUGGUAAGGGUGCCGAUUAUGGCCCCGUUUUCGUAGUCGCCGGUGUACAUGACGACGAGGUCAUCAAUUCCUGGAAAGGGGUCAACUAUCCCAUCAUGAAUAUCUACGAGCGUGGCCUUUGCGUGCUCCAGUGUCGAUAUGUUAAUGCCGUAGUAUUCGGUGCACCAUUUUCGCCUGGUAAAUCUUAUCUCACGAGCUCGCCCUGGGGUACCCCUGACGCUGUGUACCACGGACCGACUUCUUUUAUGCCCCUCUCGUACGACCCGUAUGUGGCGCCCAAAGAGAUGGGUAUUUUCCAGGAGGUUCCGCGCCAUGACUUCCAGGGCGUGAACGCUGGAACCAUUGUGCAACGCAUCAUGAAGAGCAGAGAUCUCUACGAGGAACGACAGAGGAAAAAGGGUGUGAAGGCUGCGGGUGAAGCUGCGCACCGACAUAGGGAGAUAUUAGAGGAGGAGCAACGCCUCAAAGAAGAGAAAUUAGCGUCCAGCACAUAAGCACAAACUUAGAUAUGUCUCAUUAUGCAUAUACCUAAGCUAGAAGCUUUUGUAGUAGGUUACCCGUUGGGGUGCAUCAUUUAUGGCGAAUAGGAGAUAGGAGCUGAAAAAAAAGCCGGUCUACUACGUAGUGGUGUAGUAGAUAAUGAUUACCUAGGUGUCUGACUCAAAUAAAGCCACAUGCAUUUAUCACACAGCUCUUUUAGGGGGUCAAGUCAUCUUAGAUACUAAACGGAAAGUUUUGGGCUAAACCAAA